AUGGCAGCCGAGGCAGGGAUGCUCAAGCUGCCCUUUGUCCAUGAUGACCAGCUCACUCGGUGCAUGCGACUGCGAUUCCAGAGCCUGCAGCAAAAAAACAUGAGACCCCAGGAUGGCGAGAAGCUGCUGCAUCCCAACGAGCACAUCUACCGAGUGGAUUUCAUCCGGCAGCACAACCUCCACUUCCUCCACUGGGACAUGCAGCUGGAGAGAGCUGGGAAGGUCACGGUGACCGGCACGUCCCAGCACUGGACUCCUGAUCUCACCCACCUUAUGAACCGGCAGUUGCUGGAGCCGGUGGGCAUCUUCUGGAAGAAGCCAGGGGCCAAGGAGGUGGAGUGCAAUGAGGCAGAUGCCCAGGAAUUUGGGGAGCGGGUAGCGGAGUUAGCCCAGAUCCGGAAGGUGAUGUAUUUCCUCCUCGCUUUCAGUGACGGCCUCGAACCAGCUCAGCUGAAGGGCUAUGUUGUUUUUAAAGCCUGA